AUGGGAUAUAAAAUACUUGUAACAGGCACACCCGGCGUGGGAAAGACAACUCUUACAAAAUAUAUGAAAACCCGCUUAAAUUAUAGGCUAAUUGAAAUGAGCGACUUAAUUGCGAAGAAAAAACUGUUCACAAAUAAAUGCAAAAUAUAUGACACUCUUGAAUAUAAUCCAGAGGAUGUGGAGCGAUAUCUUGAAAAAAAAAUAAAAGACCGAGACAGUUACAUAAUAGACACCCACGACCCAGAGAUAGUGCAUUUUAUUAAAUUCGACAUAAUAAUUGUACUUUCUGCGGAGUUAAGUGUACUUUAUGAUAGGUAUCAGAAAAGAGGGUAUAACAAAAUCAAAACAGACGAAAAUCUGCAGGUGGAAAUAAUGGAAGUAAUUUACAACGAAGUGAUAGAAGUACUUUGUGAGGAUGAGGAAGAGGCUGAAAGAAUAAUAAAAGUAGAAACUGUUCAGAAUAAGCAGCCCAAAAAAGUAGAGGACAUAUAUAAAGAAAUAACAGAAAAUAAAAACUGGAAAAGAGUAAUAGAUAGAAGUAAAAAUACAAAUGAAGUAAAGCAGUAAAAUACUUAAAGGCAGUAUCAGGUUACACUAAAAAGAAAUUUAGUGCAUUUCCUAUAAUAAACAUCAGGA